CUCUUGCGUCAUCUGUACGAGUGGGCGAAAAUAAAGCCUAGCGUAAAUCAAGUCAACCUAGAAUCCUGUUGCGUGAUGCCUCCGGAGAUGAUUCAAUUUGCUAAAGAGAAUGACAUUCAACUCCUCACACACAGCGAUCCUAAAGAUAUUCUUCCUCACGACAUGAUUCUGAAGAUUUUUAAGGAAACGACGCAUGACAUCGAUCCCAAAUCCUGGGGCAUGCAGUGGAUCACGCGUUAUUCAGUAAUGGUUAAAGGAAGAGGGAUCAUACAGAGCAAAGGAUUCAUACUGUGCUUAUCUAAAAUAACAUGAAAAUGUCCUCACGUAAUUUGUAUAUAUUGAAGCAAUUUAACCAAGAUUCUAAAACUGUAGAUGUUUUCAAUUAAAGUUAUAAAGAUGUAAAUAUAUUAAAUUAUUUAAAA